AUGAAUUCUCGUGCGAAAAAGUUGAGUGCAGUGCAAAACAUGAGUACGCCAGUAGUAGUGCCCUGCGAUAACGUAAAUUUGCCACAUUUUUACGAGCAGGACCCAGAGUUGUGGUUUGCUUUAGCGGAAAGUGUGUUUGUGCACGCUAAUGUGAAGGAUGAAAGUUCAAAAUUUCAUACGGUAGUUAGUAAGUUGGACCCGCGGUAUGCGUCAGAAGUUCGCAAUAUAAUUCUGAAACCCUCUAAAGAUAAUCCAUAUAGUGCGUUGAAAAAGGAAUUGUUGAAACGGUAUGGCAUUUCCGAUGAAACAAAGCUACGCCAGUUAAUGGGUGAUAGAACUCCAUCACAGUUUUUACGGCACCUACGCUCAUUAGCGGGUUCAGCUGUUUCAAAAGAAAUGCUGAACUUAAUGUGGUCGUCGCGAUUGCCUACGCAUGUGCAAGCAUUAAUAUCUGUACGGGAAAACAGUGACAUAGAUUUGAAUGCGAAAGCCGCCGACAGAAUUAUGGAAUUAGAGACAGCAUCGGGUGCAACAACAAUGGCGAUUGCAAGCACAUCAGCGCACGACGAUUUUUACGGCAACAUCGCGUCAGAAUUGCGGAACAUGCGAGCCGAGAUUUCUGACUUGAGAAAGCAGGUAGAGGACCGACGAGACGGUUCAUCCCUUCGCCGUGGGCGCAGAUCGCGUACGCCCGCAAGAAGUCGGUCAGGUUCGGAAGAACGCGUACGAACGCUUUGCGAAUAUCAUCGACGGUUCGGUCGGAAUGCAAAGAGAUGUCGAUCGCCGUGCGACAUUGGUUCGGAGAACUCAGUGGGCCAUCGUUAUUAG